AAACGUCACCGUUAAGCGUCUUACUCUCCUCCUCCCUCUCCCUACAGGCGGCUGCACCAGGUACAGUUUUAUGUGGAAAUGGGAAUAAAUCUGACUUCAGUUGUAAAUUCUAAUCAUGUGGUGAAGCAUUUGGAUAGAGAUGUUUGUGGUUAAUGCAAUUUUCCAAAGUUGGAUGCGGCUAAAUUAGAUGCAUGAAAAUCAAGAUGAUCUAUGUGAUUUUGUUGACUCAGCUACAAAGUCAUGGUCUUAUUCACGUGGAUGGAUUUUCAGCUUAAUUUUAAGACAUUGCACGAACCUGUUAGGCUCAUUUAUAAGGAAUUCUCCAUCUGAUUCAGUUGAAGGAAGUGAAAAUCACCAUUUACGUUGGAUGGAUCCUAUAGACAUUAGUUCAUCUGAUAGUGAUCUUGAGAUAGAAGAGUCUAUUCCCAGGGAAGGUGUUUCUGGGAUUCUCCCUGCAUGGGCAAGUGGGAGUAAAACAAAUUCAGGUGCAGGUAAUGGUGCUCCUUCUUGGAGGGCCCCUUCUCCUAAAGGAGUAUAUGCUUCUAAUGGAAGCUCUUCAAAUGUAAAUAACCAUUCACAAAUGAAACAGCAGUUGCAUUCUUCUCCUAAUGGCGAUAGAGGAGCAUUAAAUCAGCAUUCCUGGGAAGACCCUAAGUAUUUUUCUAAGAAUGGGAAUUUGGAUCAGCCUUGGUCUGUUAAUUCCCGAAUUGCUAAUGUUUCAGGUGCAGAUUAUGAGAAACUUUCAUCUCAGCAGGCUUUGAAGAGGACCCUUCCGGCAUCUCUUCACUCCCAUAUUCCAGGUCCUAAAGUGAACAAUUCGGUGGGCAAGGGAAGCAGCAGUGAGAUUCGUGAUACCCAUGAAAGUCCUUAUCAUUCAGCUGGGAUAAGUUCAACUGAAAGUAGUUGGGUCCAUGAUACACAUGGUAACCCUCACCACUCCCAUGGGCUAGCUUCAGGCAAUUUCAAGGGCUAUAUGAAAGAUCAUUACAGCUGGAAUAAUAAUGACGACAUCAUGAUGUAUGAAAACAAUAGGAGUAGGAUCCUACCUCCGUCCUUGGUGCAUGGGGCCUCUGCCUCAUCUGCGCAAAUUGUUGGCUCAGGUGAUUCCAUGAAUCGAUAUGCGGCAGGCGAAGAAAGAAUUUCUGGGAAUGAUGAGAGACUGAUUUAUCAAGCAGCACUGGAG